AUGAAGAUGUCUGCGUCACCACAGGCCAAUGCAGACGGUAUGCAUCGCUACGCUCGUGUAAAUGUUGACAAGCCACGAGAAUACUGGGACUAUGAAUCUGUCCGAAUACAGUGGAGCUCUCCUGAUCGUUAUGAGAUAGUUGAGAAAAUUGGCCGGGGUAAGUACAGCGAUGUGUUUCUAGGGUGGGACACUAAGACUCGUCAUCAGGUGGUGAUAAAGGUGCUAAAACCUGUGAAGAAGAAGAAAAUUCUGCGAGAACUGAAGGUUCUACAAAACCUCCAAGGGGGCCCUAACAUAGUUGAGCUGUUUGAUGUGGUACGCGAUCCAUGCAGUAAGACUCCGUCUUUUAUAUUUGAGUAUGUUCAGACUUCUAACUUUCGAACCAUAUUCCCUACGUUGUCAGACCUCGAGGUGCGGUACUAUACAUUUGAGGUUCUAAAGGCUUUGGAGUACGCGCAUUCGAUGGGCAUCAUGCACCGCGAUGUAAAGCCAAACAACAUCGUAAUUGAUCAUCAGCGACGCAAACUUGUUCUUAUUGACUGGGGAUUGGCGGAGUUUUAUCACCCUGCUACAACGUACAACGCUCGAGUGGCUUCCAGGUACUUCAAAGGGCCUGAACUCUUAGUUGAGCUUCCAAUGUAUGAUUACCGUCUUGACAUGUGGUCACUUGGGUGUAUGCUUGCAGGCAUCAUUUUCAUGAAAGAGCCGUUUUUCCAUGGAAAGGAUAACAACGACCAACUGGUUCACAUCGCCAAAGUUCUAGGAACCGACGAGCUGUUUGAAUACCUUCGGAAGUAUAAUCUGACUCUUCCUCCUCUUCUGGAUGCAGCGGUGGGACGCCACACCAAGAAAUCAUGGAAUAUGUUCAUUACACCUGAGAAUCGGCAUUUAUGUCCGCCGGAGGCGCUGAACUUCCUAGAUCAACUACUCCAGUACGACCACCUCAAGCGCGUGCAGGCUUUAGAGGCAAUGCAACACCCAUACUUUGAUCCGGUGAGGGCUGAGUGCAUGGCCAAGGUGGCCAAGAAUAAAGGGGCCGCCAAAUAG